AAAAUUCAAUUUUAAAUAAUCAAAAUUAUACGUGACGUUACGACACAUUUCCAACAACAUUUCACACACACGGCCCAUGCCAUUGGCAUUCAGUUUGUUGACGCUUCCUGAGGGUGAGAUCAAGCAAAAAUAUUCGCUUGCUUUUCGUAGUUAAUGAAAUAAAAUUGGGAUUAAAAUUCGUGAGAGCAAAAUAAUGCAAUGCAAGAAAGAAAAUGAAAUCGCCACUGUUUGAUAUUCCAUGGAAACUGAGAUUGGGCGGCAAUUUGUAGAGGAUUAACACUGACUGCAGAGGAUAAAACACCAGAAAACAAACACCAAAUAAAUGUAUAGCGAGCAUAUAUAAAUGAAACAUGAAACACCAAAUAUAAAUGCUUUUAACGGUUCAACAAUUUCGGAAUAUCAUGGAAGAGCACAAACCAAAUGAGGACGGAUUUAUUCAGAGCUCUCCUCCUCUCAUUUAUUACACCGCGUCAACAAUUAACAGCACGAGUAUUACUCAAUCGUUUCUGGAACAACGAUUACUCAACAAAUCUCAAUUCACCACGAUGCAUGGCUCGAUUAUAAGCACAGUUACUGAGGUAGUGCAGAUAUCUAACUCAACUGCCGAGGAGUGGGCACAUUUCUACGACUUGAUGUUAUCUUGGCAGGGCAUUUGUUUGAUUACAAUUUUCUGCAUACUCAUUGUGAUCACAGUGUUGGGCAAUACAUUAGUGAUUAUAGCAAUCAUAACUACGCGUCGACUACGCACUGUUACAAAUUGUUUUGUAAUGAGCUUAGCUGUGGCGGACUUUUUGGUGGGCAUAUUCGUAAUGCCUCCUGCAGUAGCCGCACACUUAUUUGGCUCUUGGCGUUUUGGCUGGAUACUUUGCGAUAUUUGGGUGUCUCUAGAUAUCCUACUGUGCACCGCAUCCAUACUCAGUUUGUGCGCCAUCAGUGUGGACAGAUAUUUAGCAGUGACGAAACCGCUAAAAUACUCACGUAAACGUCGUUCGAAACGCUUGGCGCUGCUAAUGAUACUUAUCGUUUGGGUCCUGGCAUUGGCCAUAACGUGUCCACCCAUGCUUGGUUGGUAUGAGCCCGGACGUCGUGACCGAAACGAGUGCCGUUACAAUCAAAAUAAAGGAUAUGUCAUUUAUUCAGCCAGUGGCUCGUUCUUUCUGCCAAUGAUUGUGAUGAUUUAUGUUUAUGCGCGUAUUUCUUGCGUCAUCGCUUCAAGGCAUGACAAAAUGACACACACAAGCGUACAUUGGAAGCGCUUUAGACGUUACACCAAUGCCGAUACAGUUAAUUACGCUGAACAGGAUCUCUUUGAGUUGGCACACGAGAAAAGCUCAGGUGAACGAAGGUACUCCAAUCAAACCAUCAUUAAUGAGCUCACUGAGGUUAUCAUACCAGAGGUAGAGAAAGGUCGUCCACUACUCAGUUUACCGGCAACGAAUGGCCUUAAGGAGGCCAAUGCCUAUGGAAUUGCACGGCCUGUGUCAUGGAAAAUACCGCCAACUGUUGUUUAUCAGUACCCCUCUAGUGCAAAGCGACAACAAUACGCCCAAUCAUGCCCGCCCGGUUCGAUUGCGCGCAUGCAGACACGCGGUUGCCAACCGCAACAGCAACAAUUGAAAUCCUUGGCUAACUGCAUAAUUUCGCUGAGGAAGGAACAUAAGACUACACAAACGCUUAGCAUUGUGGUUGGCGGUUUUAUCGCUUGUUGGCUGCCAUUUUUCAUUUACUACCUGAUCACACCAUUUCUAGAGCCUCAUCAGGUCAGCAGAGCCCUAACGAACGUGCUCACUUGGCUGGGUUGGCUGAACAGCGCAAUAAAUCCCUUCAUUUAUGCAUUUUACAGCAUCGAUUUCCGUAUUGCCUUCUGGCGACUUGUCUGUCGGCGUUUAUGUAGCAACAUGAUGCGACCGCCAACACCAACAACCACAACAUCGAUGCGUCUGUAGGAACGGAACGGAACGGAACGGAUCGGUCGGUAUAAGAGCAAAUUGCAAGUCAUUUGUGUCUUUGAAGAAUACGCACCUGACAGUAUUUGCAUGCAAAUUUAAAGAUUAAUUUGUAUGAACAGAUAUGCAUAUCUAUAUAUACGCUACGUUGUUCUUAAAUGUAUAUAUGUAUGUUAUGAGUAUAGGGGUAAGUACUGAGGUACUUAUGCUUAGGUAUUUUAUACGAGUAUAACUUUGUAUGUGGAAUCUUAUUUGUUGCAUUUAAACGCUCAG